AUGCGAGCCGGGCUGGCGCCCUGCGCACGGUGCCUUGGGCUGCGCCCCGCCAGCCCCCGGGUGUCGAGUCUGGCUGCCGCCGGCCAGCGCGCGGGAUGAGGAGCCCGUGCGAGGCGUUCCCCGGGGACUGAGCCUCCCUCCCUCCCGCUGCACCAUGAAACUCUACUGCAAGGUGGUGGCCAUCCUGCUGUGCCUGGGGACCCUGCUGCUGCUCUACCUCUUCGUGGGCAACGCGGAUGAGCCGCCGCCGCUGCAAGGGGCCGGAGAAACUCGCUUGCUGCCCGUUUCCUCCGGACCCGGGGGCCGCGCCCACCCACUCUUUGCACAUUUCCAACCCGUCCGGGCAGCGCCGGAGGAGGAGGAGGCGGCGGCGGCUCAGAUUUCCAAGCGAGAGCCACGUCUCAGCAAAAACCCCGGCAAGCGAAGUCCUGCGAGAGGGAAGUUUGCAAACGUUCGACCUGGGAAACAGAAACACUUGAAAGAACUUCCAUCUCUGCAAUGGAUGCACCUGGCAGUUGUGGCAUGUGGCAACCGGCUGGAAGAGACUCUUAUCAUGCUGAAAUCAGCAGUUCUGUUUAGCUACAGGAAGCUCAAGUUUCACAUCUUUGCUGAGGAUUCCCUGAAGCCUGAAUUUGAGAAAAAGUUAAGGGAAUGGCCUUCCUCUUACACCAAGAAGUUUGAAUACAAUGUCUACCCAAUUGCUUUUUCAGUAGGAAAUGCUCAGGAAUGGAAAAAAUUAUUCAAACCUUGUGCUGCCCAGCGCCUCUUUCUUCCGGUGAUUUUAAAGGACGUGGAUUCUCUUCUCUACGUGGACACUGACGUUCUCUUCCUGAGGCCCAUUGAUGACAUCUGGAGCUUUCUGAAAGAGUUCAACUCCACACAACUGGCUGCUAUGGCCCCAGAACACGAAAUACCAAAGAUUGGUUGGUAUAGUCGAUUUGCUCGUCACCCUUACUAUGGAACAACUGGAGUCAAUUCCGGAGUCAUGCUGAUGAAUUUAACCCGGAUAAGAAACACACAGUUCAAGAACAGCAUGAUACCAACAGGCUUGAUGUGGGAGGAAAUGUUGUACCCAUUAUACCAAAAGUACAAAAAUUACAUUACAUGGGGAGACCAGGACUUGCUAAAUAUUAUUUUUUACUUUAACCCAGAGUGUCUCUAUGUGUUUCCCUGUCAGUGGAAUUACCGGCCCGAUCACUGUAUGUAUGGGAGUAAUUGUAAAGGCGCAGAAGAGGAAGGCAUAUCUGUUCUCCAUGGUAAUAGAGGCGUCUACCAUGAUGACAAGCAGCCUACUUUUAAGGCACUAUAUGAAGUGAUACGUGAUUUUCCCUUUGAAGACAAUCUCUUCCAGUCCUUGUACUACCCUCUUCAGUCUAAGUUUCUGGAUACUGUACACACUUUAUGUGGGCGAAUUCCACAAGUUUUUCUGAAGCAGAUUGAGAAAACAAUGAAGAAGGUUUAUGAAAAUCGUGUCAUUGUUCAUGUGGGAGCCAACUACAGAUACUAAACAUAGCUAUACUUUAUGUGGUAAUUUUCAUCCUUGUAUCCAAAUCAUUUGAGGCAGAUAAAUUAAAUUGAGGCAGGGGCACUGUCAGUUUAAAAUUCAUGUUAUAAAAAAAAAUUGUCUAAAUUGGAACAAUUCACCAAGGAUCAUGGUGGAUUCUCCAUUACUGACCACU